AUGGAGGCAGACUACAGCAAGUAUCUUUCUUCUCUAUACACUGGGACGUCAUGGUCCGUUACUCGGCUCUCUGGCGGUCUUGUCAAUACUACUCUCCGCGCGACGCAGACCUCUCCAGUCCAGUCGGAUGUGCCCACGUCCGUCAUUCUCAAGCAUGCAAAGCCAUAUGUCGAGGUCGCAGGUCCAGAAUGGACCUUUUCAACCAAGCGUCAGGAGGUUGAAGCCAUCUUCCUCAACCUCUUCUCAGAGCACGGCGCACUCUCCUAUCUCCGAAAAGAACCGUAUUGGAAUUCUCCUCGAUGCCUGCAUCAUCGAGAAGGAAAGGAGUCAGACCUUGGACUCUCGUCCUCCGACCAAGAAGCCUCAGUCCUCAUCCUGAGCGAUCUCGGCAACCUAGUCAACAUCUUUGACUUCAUCUGCCAGCAAUCCCACCGACCUUGGGACGAAGUACGCCCCAAGGUCGAAAAGCUAGGCUACGACCUUGGAAGAAUCUUUGCAGCGAUUCACAGCCCCGAGAGAGUUAUCCGAGUUCAGACCUCGAAUCCCCAGGCAGCCGCCAAACUCACACACUCGCUCACACGAGACAUUGUGCGCACCGCCGCCAUCGAACCCCUCCGAACUCGUCUCGCUAGUACUCCCAACGCCAACAAGCUAUUCGCCCGUGUCGAAGAAGGUUUCCGCGCGCAGGAGGGAGCGCAUCCUUGGUCCCUUGCCAUGGGUGACUUCACCCAGGGUUCCAUCCUAAUGCGCGAUCCCAGCGAGGCAGAAGAAGACUGGACCCCCACGCUGGUGGACUGGGAGUUUGGCCAGCUCAACGGCCGUGGCGUGGACGGAGAUCUGGCGCAGUUCCUUGCCCAUCUCCACUGCGAGCUGCUCUCGCGCCCCCGGACUUCGGCCCUUCAUCGUGCCGUCUCGGCCCUUUCCUUACGCUUCUGCGCGGGGUACGCCUCGCGUGCAGGGUUGCGGUUGAGAAGGCGGGCAGACGAUGAGACGCUGCGGCUGAUGAGGUGGGCGUUUAUCACGCAUGGCCGGGAGAUGGUGAACCAAGCAUGUGAAUCCUACAAGGGCAACGAGAGAUUUGACGAGAUUUUCAAGGUUGGAGUGUGGUACCUCGAGAGGGCUGGGGAUAAUGUGGAGGAGUUUCUGGAGGAAGACAACUGGAAGGAAUUGGAGAAGGAGGAUGGGAUGAUGCUUCAGUCACUGUUCGAGGUACUUUGA